AUGGCGAACGGAAGGACACAUACCAAAAUCGCUGGAACUGCGGACUACGAUGACCCUGCUUUCUGGGAUACGAAGUUUGCGACCGGGCAAGAUGUGGGCGAAUGGUUGAAUCCUGGAGAAAAUAUCGUCCAGGCUGCUCUAUCCGAUCUAGAAAACCGAUCGUUUGGCCCAGAACGUUCCCCUCGCGUGUUACAUCUGGGACCCGGUAUUUCGAAACUAGGGACAAAGCUCCGCGAGGCAUUCGUGGACCGCGACUGGAAGGGCUCUGGGAUUGUGAAUGUUGACUUUUCCUCCGAAGCCAUCCGCCUUGGCCAGGAAAUCGAGAGCGAACAAGACCCGUCACAUGCAAUGCACUGGCUACGUGCUGACCUUCGUGCCUGGAACGAUAUGUCGAGCUUGGCCCCAUUUGCCCCUUUUGAUAUAAUUCUCGAUAAAAGCACGAGCGACGCCAUCGCAACCUCCCCAUCCGCACCGUUCUCGCCGACCUCUAUCUCACACGAUACCUGCCCGGUGCUGCGCGACAUUGUGGAUACCCAGGGAGAAAUUACUGUAUCCCCGGUCGAGCUGUUGGCGCUACAUCUUGUUCCAUUGACUACCGAAGGGACGAUGUGGAUUGCCCUUUCGUACUCAACUAUGCGAUUCGAUAACCUUCCACGGCUGGCAAAAUAUUGGGAUAUCGUUUCCCGUACAUCGCUCAAGGCACCUCAAGGUCAGGUUUCCUCAUUUGCGCAUACCCCUGAGGUUUUCCACUGGCUAUAUACACUACGCCGAAAAUGA